CUAGCUGAGAUCCUAGGAGCAGAGCAGGGAACUUGACAUGUCAACAAAACAGAUUAAUUGUCACCACACAGGCAUGUAACUGUGUCCCGGUGUGGAAUAGCGUGACAGGUAGCUUCACCUGGACCUAGAUUUCCUGCACCAGCAUCUUCAUCUGCUGUCUCCAUGACUACCCCUCCACUAGUGUCGCCAUUUGGUGGGCAGCCUCCGCCGCCGCCGCAGCAGCAACAGCAGCAGCAGCAGCAGCAGCAGCAACAACAGGCCCAGGCGGCACGUGACGUCAACACGGCGUCUCUGUGCCGCAUCGGUCAGGAGACGGUCCAAGACAUCGUCCUCAGGACCAUGGAGAUCUUCCAGCUCCUCAGGAACAUGCAGCUGCCUAAUGGAGUCACUUACCACCCCAACACCCACCAGGACAGGCUGGGGAAACUGCAGGAGCACCUACGGAUGCUUUCUGUGCUCUUCCGCAAGCUGCGCCUCGUCUACGACAAGUGCAAUGAAAACUGCGCCGGCAUGGACCCCAUACCUCCAGAGCUGCUGAUACCUUUCGUGGAGGAUGACAGCUCCAAACACGAGGAUCGCUCAGCCGGCCAGAGCCGCCCCGCCACCGAGGAGAGGAGAGAAAUCCUGGAGGUCAACAAGAAACUGAAACAGAAGAACCAGCAGCUGAAGCAGAUCAUGGACCAACUCCGCAACCUCAUCUGGGAGAUCAACUCCAUGCUGGCAGUCAGGAGCUGAACCACACACACACGCACACACACACACACACACACACACACACACACACACACACACACACACACA